AUGCAAGACCUCAACAAGAAGAAAGAGCGUCAAAAUGUGGAGUUCAUGGAAUUGUUCAAGAAGGUGAAUAUUAAUAUUCCACUUUUGGAUGCCAUUAAGCAAGUACCCUCAUAUGCCAAGUACUUGAAGGAAUUGUGCACAAACAAGAGAAGGUUUAGGGAUGAUGAAAAUGUGUUUCUUAGAAAGGAGGCCUCUUCCGUGAUUCAACAAAUGCUUCCUCCUAAACUUGGAGAUCCCGGAUGCUUUACCGUCCCUUGUACCAUUGGAUUGAGAAAUUUUGAUAAGGCACUUCUAGAUCUUGGAGCGAGUAUCAACCUUAUGCCUUAUGAAGUCUACAAAACACUUGCUUUGGAGGACAUUAAACCGGGCAAGAUUAGAUUGCAAAUGGCGGAUCAAAGUGUGGUUUAUCCAAGAGGAGUAGUAGAGGAUGACUUGGUGAAAAUUGAUGAGAUAUUGGUACCCGCCGACUUUGUGGUUUUAGAUAUGGAGCCUUUGAGUACUGAUAGUGAUGAGCUCCCCAUUAUUUUGGGGCGAUCAUUCAUGGCAACCGCGGGCACCAAGAUUGAUGUUCAAAAGGGAAUCUUAACUAUGACUGUGUUUGACACGACUAUUGGGUUUCGAAUAUUUGAUGUUAUGAAGAGUUCUGUGUAUCACAAAGAUUGUUUUCGAGUAGAGACGAUGAAUAUUAUUGUCUUGUUGAGGAGUCUAGCUUGA